AUAGGACACCGGUGCGCGCCAUCUUGCCGUCUUUUGUUGUCAUUGCGACACGACGCCUGAUGUUUUGAUUUGUAUUUCUUAGCGCCACAUCAAAUCACGUGGCUGAAAAUGGCAUUCUCGCGCGAGCCUCAUUCUCACACUGCUUUUGGGGGUGAACUUUGAACCCCCCCGGCUCAAGCAGGCCACCGAGCGAAGUGCCAGUAAAUACCCCCCCCCCCCUGGCAGAGGGGCAGUGGCUGCCGGGAAGCAGCCCCUCUUGCCCCCCGCCGCCCCCCUCAUUCGCUUCAAUGGGUUUGUGAUGUCAUCAGUGGCCAGAAAAAAGGCAAGCAGGGGAACACUUGCAUACGCGGGGGUCGCCAGUGCCACAGGAAGGAAGGAAGGAUGUAUGAAAGGAGGGAAGGGUGGCAGGAAGAAAACAAGGAUUGUAAAGGAAGGAAGGGAGGAAGAAGACAAAGAUGUGAAAGGUGGGGAAAAAAGACAGAAGGAAGUUUAAAUGAGUUUAAACGUAAACGUAGCCGACAUCCUGGCUAGCAAACGCAUCUGGCAGUGCGUCCGACUCGUCAAAUGAUGUAAAACAGGUGAGCGGUGAGUGGGCGUGGCUUCAGCGCAUCCCGCGGACACGCCACCGGUGAUUUAAAAAAAAAAAGAAAAAAAAAAGGAUUUUGAAGCCUGAGUUUUUCUUAAUCAUUCAAAUUUGGCAAGGUUGUUGGUGUCAAAUUUACAAGAUUUAGUUUAUGCAGCUUUACUGCAUUUAACUGUCAUUUAGGUUAUUAAAUGACUUUCAAGUGUCAAGGCCCACCCUGUAUAUAUAUAUAUAUAUAUAUAUAUAUAUAUAUAUAUGACUAUAUUUUAAGUUUUUAUAUAACAUUUUUCAAUGAUACUUUCCAUUUCAUUUCAUUGUGUGUAUUUUGCAUACAUGAUUUCUUUAUUUAUGCAUUGUUUGUUUGUGCGCCAAACCAAAACGUUGCCCCAAUGCGGUCGAUAAUGACGCCAUUAUUAGGCUCAGGUGCCCCCUCGCCGUCUUUUGUUGCGUCUGGCUCUGGAGCCGUCUCAAAUGAUCCGCCCCCCCCCCCCCUCCUCCCUGCAUGUGCGCCCCUGUUCGCCGGAAGUACCAUAUAUGGUGCGAAGUGUCCAUACUGCCCCCCGCCCACCACCUUUUGUUUUUGUUUUGGGUCCGGAGCGUCUCAGUGUGUACUUUUUUUUAGUCCAUACUGAGACGUAAAUGACAACACAGAUUGUAUUUAAUUCUGUAGCUUUAAUUCAAAUAAAGAAUGGGAUCAUAAAAUAACGAGCACGUGACAUCGCCGCGGGUUGCGAGUGCAAAAAUGAAAUCGUCGUUGUCGUAAGGGAGGGCUCGCGAUGGUAUAUUCAUCACAUCUGAGAUGGCACGAUUUUGUAGAAUGUGACCCAAAAACGGAUCACGUUGCAAUGAUGCAGAAGUUGCAUGCGUGCCGUGACGUGCCGUGACGUGCCGUGACGCGGCGCGACGUGGUUCAUUCACGCCGAGAGGGCCGGGGCACCCUCGUCGCGUGCUGGCGGGGGACGAGACGAGCCUCGAUCUUCUGCUUCCGUGACGCGCAUUUGGAAAAAGAGGAUUUGAGGGGAUUUGUUGUUAAUCGGCGUUUGCCGCGUUGAUGUGCAACGUUGACGUCACAACGAGCCGGAAAGACAGCGGCGCGGUGUUUUCCGCAGCUCGCCGUCCCCGCCGGUCGCCACCGAAUGGUUCGCUCUCCCACGUUUCAUUCAUAAAAUGCAGCCGAGUAUAAAAGGCGGGUCCCCUCACCGCUCGCUGCACUUCGGACCAUCCAUCCCGGCUGGCAAAUGGCAAAAGGACGCGGGAGCCUCUUCUGCAGCAUUCUCAGCCCCGUGCCCGUUGCAGACGGAGAUACAUUGAUAGUUGGCGAUCAGAAAUAGAUGUCAAUCAUGCAGCCGGAUUAUUGGUCUCCGUCCGGCUGCAGCACAGCAUCGCCUGGCGGGGGCACCCUCGGGUGCAGCCUGCAGCCUCUGUCACCGGCAGCUGACAACCAAGAGGAUGCGGACGGCGGCGCUUCGGACUGUCUCGUCCCCACGGCGGGCGGCACCUCGCCGGCUCGGAGGCGCCCGCUGCGGCCGAACGUGGUGCCCCUCGUCUCGCCUUCCAGCAAGAAGGCCAAAGCCGCCGCCUGCGCCAAAUUGCAGAAGGACGAGUCUUCCAAAGAAGCGGACGAAAGGAGGCGGAUUCGCCGGGAGAGGAACAAAAUAGCUGCGGCAAAAUGCCGGAACAGGCGUCGGGAGCUGAUCGACGCCCUGCAAGCUGAAACUGACCAACUGGAAGACGAGAAGUCGAGCCUCCGGUCGGAGAUCGACGAGCUCCUGAAGGAGAAGGAGCGACUGGAGCGGGCGCUGUCAUCCCACGAGUCCUCCUGCAAACUGGACAAGGACGACGAGGGAGAGCGGGACGUCACGAUGCCGUCACCCGAAAGCGACGCCGAGGGCCCCCGCAUCCCCGCCGCGGCCAUUUUCGGCAACUCCGACAUCCUGCUGUGCUCCGGCGCCGAGGACGACCUAGACGACCUCGUCCCGGAAACGGAGGCGGCGGCGGCGGCCGCUUCCGGGGACGAGGGGGCGGCGGCCUGGGCGUUCGUGCCCGACGUGGGAGAUCUGAGCGGGGCGCUGUGCCUGCCCGACUGGGAAACCUUGUACCGGUCGGUCGCCGACGACCUCCGAUGUCUGAGCGGCAACUUCCGCACCUGCGGCGUCUUCUCCUUCGGCCUGGCCGACACGGACGCCUUGGCGGAGGGCGGCGGGAGCGGCCCGGAAGACGGCCUCAACUCCCCGACGCUCCUGACGCUGUGAAUGCCAGAAAAAAAAAAAAACUUAUGCAAUGAUCCAUCCUCUCUCAAAUACAGGCAAGCCCCGUUUCUCGCAGGCGAAACGUUCCAGACGCACCCGCGUUAUUAACCGCAGAAAAAAAACUAAACAAAAAAACAACGUUCCAAAAUACCAGGUUUCUGUAUCGGAUCGAUACUGGCCUUAUUUCAAGGUAUCGGCUACUUGUGAAGGCUGCCGAAAACCAGCCACCGAUAUUUACGGCAAAAAAAACCAACAAAAAAAACCCGACAGUAAGUCUUCCGCGCCAGUAGUCGGCGCUACACUGCGGAAGUUUCACAAUGGCAAUUCGUCGUGGGCGGCAGAAAGAAAAAGAAAAAUCUUUGUUCACAAACAUGUUAUUGUGUUAAUCCAAGUUUCAUGUAUCAAAAGUACGAGUGGUAUCGGUGCUUAGUGUCGACGAGUACUCAAGAGUGAAGACUCGUACCGGCCGCGGCCUGGAAAAAGUGCUAAGGAACGUCCAGAGUUUUACCCCGACAACGCACUUUACAAACUCAUUAAAUCCCACUCAAACGUAUUAAAAGUCACUUUUUGAAGUAUUCCUUAGCACCUGUUUUCGCUCUCGCAGUUCUCCAAAAAAGAGGCGCAGUGUGUGUGUGUGUGUGUGUGUUUGUCUCUCCCAGUAAAACUGACUCACAAAGCGAGAGAAUUCAACACUGUACAUUGAAAGACCAAAAGGUUCAACCAAACCAUACAAUGGCAAAAGUUGGCUAACUUGCUCAUGUAAAAUGUCAUAGACAGGCUAACAGAAACGGAAAAAAAAAAAAGUGGCAUUUCAACAUUUCGUUGUUCUGCCUGUCA